AUGCUUUCUAAUUAUUUCUUAUCCUAUUUGUGGGACCUCUUCGCCAGGCUCCAGAUCGGAGGUCUGGAGUUCAAGCGCAAGGCCCUGGAGUCUCUAAUUCAGCUCCUGUCUGAGGACGACAAGUCCGCCGCCGCCGUCGCCAGGGAAGGGAGCGUCGGCUGCCUGAUAUCCCUGCUCGAUCCCAAUUCCCACGAUUCCGUCAGGGAAUCGGCGGUCCACGCGGUCUCCCUGCUGGCCGGCGGCGGCGAUUUUCCCCGUAAGUGCGUGUUCGAGGAGGGGGCUUUGUGUCCUCUAUUGAAAACAAUCGAGUGCUGCUCAUCCACGGCAAAGGAAAAGGCAGCCAUGGCCGUCGAGGCCAUCACUGCCGACCCGAACAACGUGUGGGCAAUUUCCGCGUAUGGCGGUGUCCCCAUUUUAGUCGAAUUGUGUAAAUCCGGCACCGUCACAGCUCAAUCUCACGCAAUUGGAGCAAUUAGAAAUGUUUCGAUUGUCGAGGAUAUUCGAGCUGCAUUAGCAGAAGAAGGGGUUAUCCCUGUCUUGAUGCAGCUGCUCAUCUCCGGAAAUGCAUCGGCUCAGGGAAAAGCGGCGAAUUGCAUAUCCAUUCUUGCCUCGACCGGUGAGCAUUUUCGUAAUCUGUUGCUACAAGAAAAUGGUUUGAACAGGUUACUCAAUUUGUUUCACGAAUGCCCGACUGCGGAUACCUCAGAACAUGUAUUACGUGCGAUUUAUUCGUUAUCUGCUUCAGAUAACGGGCAUAAAAUCCUAUCCGGAUCGACCCAAUUCAUAGUACAAAUCGGCGAAAUCAUAAAAUACGGGAAUGCGAAACUACUGCACGUAUCUGCUUCUUUGCUUGCUAAAUUAUCCAUUAGUAAUGGCAGUAAGAUCUUAAUCGCCGGUUGUAUGAGUUCUCUGGUGAAGUUGAUGGAGUCGGUAAAGCCUGAGGGAAUACAGGAGAUUGGGGCUAAGGCAUUGAUAUCGUUGUUAUCGGUAAAAUCAAAUAGAAAAGAGCUGGUUAAGGAUGAGAAGAGCCUGACGAGGCUGGUGCAAAUGCUGGAUCCCAAGAAUGAUGUAGUCCCAAAGAAGUUUCCGGUGGCGGUGGUGGCAAUCCUGGCCGGAGGUAGCAAGGGUUGCCGGAAAAGGCUUUUGGCGAGUGGCGUUUGUGGGCACUUGCAGGGAUUGGCGGAGAUGGAUGUUGCCGGAGCUAAGAAUGCUUUGCAUAAGCUAUCAGGAAGUAGGCUGACGAGUGUAUUUUCGAGGAAAUGGCGAGAAAAAUCGGCGACGUCCACCAGCUGA